AUGAUGGAGGAUACGAUCGUAUCCUCGGAGCCUUUGUGUGUUUUUCUACUUGUACAGAGUUGUAUAUUUAUAUGUAUAAUGUGUAUGUGUGUAUUAAUUAUGGAUUGCAGUAACAGUACGUUUCUUUUGUCAUCAUUUUUGAUUGAUACAAAUUCAGUUUCAUCAUCAUUCACUAUACCAACAUUCAAUACUGUCAAACAUGAUAUUGAUUCUAUCUCUUGUUGGUUAUUCGUUAAUAAACCUUUGGAGGGUGCUGUAUGUCAUACUAUAUUUGAAAUAGAACAACCACCAUCGUCGUCGUCGUCACCAAAGAAAGAAGGAUUAUACAUUGAUUCAUUAAAUCGAUUAUUCACAACACCAAAAUAUGAUUAUGAGCAUUACUAUAGUCAUCAAAAUGAUAAUCAUAACAAAGUACUAUUAAAACCAGAUCCAAUCAAGAUUGGUGAAUGGUUACAUAUAAAGAUUGUUUACAAUAGUCUAGAUACAUCUAUUCAUGUCAAUAAUGUACUUUAUCAUAAACAACAACGAAAAGAGGAAGACAAUGACUGCUCUCACCAACACAAUCAAAAGUCAAAAUACCCAAUAAGAAUUGGAGAUAACAAUACAAAAGACCGUUGUACAUUAUUCUCUGCAUUGAUAAACAACUUGGUAGUAUCAACUCUCAGAUACGAUGAAUCGAGUCAUUUAAAUAUAUAUUCAUCACCUCCCUCAUACCCUGAUAAACAAAUGUCUAUUGCAACAUCAAAUCAAUUCAAAGCAUUACCAAGUUUAAUUCAUCUUUUAGACUGGAGAUUUGACAACACCAAAGUAAAUACAUUUAAACUAGAAAAAAACAAUGGUAGAUCAAAUAAUCAACAAAUUAUUCAUUGUCAUGAUAUGAUGGGUGGUUAUUUACCUUAUGAAACAGACGAACAAGGUUAUCAAGGUUCCAGAAAGGACAAUAACCGUGGUGACAAUGAUGAAAAAGAUAAUGUAUUUUAUAAUUAUACAUUCAAGUAUUGGCAACUUGUUGAUACUUUUAUCUAUUUUACUCAUCAAAGAAUAUCUAUUCCUCCAAUUGGAUGGAUAAAUAGUUCACACAAAAAUGGUGUAAAGAUAUUGGGUACUAUUAUUACUGAAUGGGAAGGUGGUGUCAAUGAUGCUUGUAGAUUGGUUGAUGGUAUUGAUAUUGAUCUAAACUCUCAAGAGUUUAAAGGACAUGUAUUUAUAGAUCGUUUGGUUGAUAUUGCUGUUCACUGUGGAUUCGAUGGUUGGUUUAUUAAUAUUGAAUCGGAUCUACCCAACAAAAACUAUGCCAUAAAAUAUAAACAAAUGUUGGAAUAUUUUACAGAGACUAUGCAUAGAGCUGUCAAUGGAUCAUUGGUUAUUUGGUAUGAUAGUGUUUUGGAUGAUGGUACAUUGGUAUGGCAAAAUGAAUUAAACCAAAAAAAUAAGAUCUACUUUGAUGCAUGUGACGGAAUAUUCUUAAACUAUAAAUGGAAUGAGGAUAUGAUCAAAUCUUCUAGCCAAUUGGCAACCGAUAGAGAACACCAAGUGUAUGUUGGAACCGAUGUAUUUGGUAGAGGUACAUUUGGUGGUGGUAAAUUAAAUAGCUACAUUGGUGUUCAAAAAGCCUAUAAACAUAAACUAUCUAGUGCUAUAUUUGCUCCAGCUUGGACAUGGGAAGCUAACCAAUCAUCUCAUCUUCAAUUCCAAUUAAAAGAAUCAAAUUUAUGGGUUGGUCCUUUAUUUAAUAAUUUAAUUGAAAAUGGAUGUGUUUUUGAUAAUAAUUUGGAUGGUUGGAAUAAUCAUACUUUAGAAAAAGGUGAUGUAUGGGUGACAGCAAAGAAUGAAGGAAUGAAUAGAGGUAAUUGUUUUAAAUCAUCAUAUCAUAGUGUAAUGUCACAAGAAAUAGAUCUUUUAAAAAAGGGAUAUUCCAAACAAGAGUUGGAUUUAAUGCCAAUCAUCUACUUUGAAUUCUAUCAUUGUGGUACUGGUCCAAAAUUUAAUGAUUUUAUAUCUUACCAGAUUGAAUUGAGAGAUGAAAAUCAUAAAUCAUUAUACACUGAUAAAUUAGAACAAGAAAUUAUUACAACCAAUCAAUUUAAAAAGUAUUCAACUGAAAUUGAGAGUCCACUUGAGGGUGUAAGAUACAUCUAUAUAGAGUUUAUUGGAAGGGAUAUAGAGCAUUGGGCUGGUCAUUUUGGUCCAAGAAUUACAUCUAUUCAUCUACAUUUAAAUGUAAAGACAACCACCAAAACAACAACGGAAACCAAUUGUAUCUUGGCAGAAAUGGGUGAGAGAGUGUCAAAGACAGAGUUACCAUUUAUCAACCACUUUAAUGUUGGAAAAUCAAAUGGUGGAUACUUUAUAAAUGGUAAACAAGUUAUGAACAACAACAAGGAAUGGAUUAAUCUUUCAGAUAUGGAUGUAAUGGGAUGUUACGAAUAUGGAUAUUGGUGUGGUUCUCCUCUUGUUUCAAAUAGUGUCAUCUAUGAUGAUUCUUAUUUUGGAGGAAGUUGUUUAAAUGUAAAAGGAAAAUUGAUUGAACCAUUCAAUUAUUUCCUUUUCACAUUGUUUAAUUUAGAUGUAAAGUGUCUCAACAACAAGGAUUUGAUGAUAUCAUAUACUUUUAAAUGGAUUCACAACCAACAACAAUUAAAUCAUUCAAUCAAUGUGGCUUUGGUUAUUAAACUAGAAAAUGGCCCUGUUAAUAUUCUUACAGACAAUAAUAAUGAUAAUAAUGAUAAUAAUAACCAACAACAACAAAACAACUCUUCUCAAUUCAAUCAUAUAUUUGGAAACAAUAGAAUGAUGAUUUUAAAUCAAAACUCAGACUACAACACUAAUAAUUGGACAACUAGAUCAUUUAGUGUUUCAAAAGAUCUUUUAACCAACCAAUUGACCAUUAAAUCAAUUCAAUUAUUAAUUUACAACAAUAAUAAUGAUAAUAGUAAUAAUAGUCGAUUUGAUUUAAAUUUAGGAGAAUUAAAUCUACAAUGGAAGGAAGAGGAAACUUCUAAAGCAUUUAUUGUUGAAAAUGAUAGUAUCAAGUUUGAAAAGAUAUGGAACAAGAAAUCAAUGUAUAAUGGUCAGGAUAUAUAUGAUAUACUUUGUCAUUGGAAUGUAUCGACAGCAACAGCAGCAGCAUCAUUUACAAUGGUAUAUUUGAAUGAUAAAUGGUUGGGAAAGUCCUUUACCAAUAGAUAUUGCAUAUCAUCGGAUCUGAUUCAUCACCAAACCAAAGAUGAUGAUAAUAUCGUAUCAUUUCACUUUUAUGAUGAUACCUAUCAUUUAAUAUCUAUUGUCAGUAAAAGAAUUACUGAAUGA